ACAAGUUACAUUUAAUGGAGGAUGUGCAAUCAAUGAGCCCCUCUCAGAUGACUUUGUUACAUCCACCUCUGUGUUCACAUCACAGUAAACCUUUGGAGUUCUACUGCACAGACUGUAAAACUCCAAUCUGUGUGAACUGUACAAUAAUGGACCACAAGGAAUGGGAAGGAAAACACAAACCAAUCAACAUUUCAGACGCAUUCCAAACAUUUAAAAAAACUUCAUCCACCUUGGAAAAAUCUGCCCAACACUUCAUAAACAAAUUAGAAGGCGGUCUCAAAGCUGUUAUCCACAAUGCUACAAAAUUACAACAAAAUAAAGACACAUGUUUAAUAGAUAUAGACAAUCAUGUAGAAGAAAUAUUCAAAAAAGUAAAACAGAAGAGAGACAAAAUGAAAAAUGAAGUAGAGACAAUCUACAAAAGAAAAAAGAAGGUAAAUGAUGUAAAAAUGGAUGAAUUUAAAGCAAUAUUAUCCGAUAUAAAAACAAAACUGUCUUUUCUUAAUCAAUUAUUGAAGAGUGAUGAAGGCACUGCAAUGCAGUCAAGUGAAACAGUAAUUACAGCACUCAAGGACAGAAUAAAUGAAUUACCAAAAACAGAGCCAGAUGAUAAUGGAGAAAUUUACUACUUCAUAAACAAACAGCAAAUGACUUCAUUGAGACAAUGUGCUAUAGGGACUGUAAAAGAUUUGAGGGCAGCAGACUGUUUAACAUUAGAAGGAGAGGAAUCUGUGAUCAAAGAUCAGACAAUUAUAGUCAAAAUUGUCAAAACAGAUGAACAUGAAAAAUAUGCAAAUCAACUGAAGGCAACAUGGACACAACCUACAGGGGAAACCAACAUCUCUCAAAUUCAGGAAGAUGACAAUGGAGAUUAUUUUGUGACAGGAAAAUUCACAAGUCCAGGAGUUUGUAAACUAGAUGUGAGUGCUGAUGAUGAACCAAUUAACCAAUCACCAAUGACAAUCAAAGUAGAAGGGGGAAGAUUAGUAAAUACUAUUCAUAUAAAUGCAACAUAUAUUAGAGAUGUAGUUAAGUGUGAAGAUGACUCCUUACUGGUUUCAUGUUGGACAAAUGAAAUGCUCAAGUACAAGCAAUCAGGAGAAUAUAUUGGUAAGGUUACACUACCACAAGGUGUGAGAGUUAACAAAAUGUACAAAAUGAAGAAUGGUAACAUAGCAUUCAGUGAUUGCAAUGUUAAUAAACCUAUCAGAAUAUGCAAUAUGAAUGGUCAGCUGAUUAAAACAAUUAGUGAGGGAGUACAGAAUACACCACGGAGCAUUCAUGUGGAUGAGACAUCAAAUGUUUUGUAUGCAGCAAGUGAUUGGUCCAGUAGCUGUGUGUACAUGUUUGACAUGAAUAAUGGCAAGACCAUCAAAACAAUAGGGUCACAAGGUACAAAAGAAGGUCAAAUGAGUCAUGUCACUGAUGUUACUCUUACUAACCAAGGACACCUUCUUGUAUUGGAGUAUAGCAACAGUAGAUUACAAUUAUUUAAUAAUGAGGGAAGGUUUAUAAAACUCCUUGUUGAAGCAGGUGAUGAGGAUGGUAAGGUAAAUUCUCCAAGAGCAGUAGUAGUUGAUGAGGAUGACAACAUCAUUAUAUCAAGUCAACACAAACUACAGCUAUUCAGUAGUGAUGGAACUUUCAUAAAAAGAAUUGAUAAACCAGAAGAUAGAAUCAACUAUCCAGAGGGAUUAUCCAUCAUUUCAUAUCAUCCAAGGAGACUUGCAGUAGCAAAUGGUGACAAUACAGUAAAAAUAUUCAAUUAUUAAAUAUUGACAGUCCACUUGCUUCACUUGUGUGUUUUCAACAAUUCAAAUUUAUAAGUGUAGGAAUAUCUACAUAUCCAUUA